UUAUAAGUGACAAACGUCUUAUUCCCACUCUAAAACUCUCUCUCUGUGUCUACUUUAGUAGUAAGUUCUCUCUCUGCUCACACAGUAAAACUCUCUCUCUCUCUCUCUCUCUCUCUUUCGCUUUUUCUCAGUGUCAUAAAUAAGUACGCGGCACUUAUUGGGCCAGUGUCUUCUCUCACGCGAACGAAGAAAAGGGAAAAAGGACCGUCAAAAAAAGAGCCUUGCUUUGAGUUUUCUUCUUUCCUCCCAUGGCGGACACGGCGAAGUACGUACCUGUACAUGGCGGGGGGACAAUGAUCUCUGACUUCAGAAGCCUCUUCUCAAUCAUCAAGCCCAGAAGAACCUUCGCCUUUCUAUUUGGGUUCAUGCUUGCUUUUGUCGUUUUCACCGGUUUUCUAGUUUUUAACCCUUCUCCCAACUCCGGUGCUCCCUGGUUUUCAAAUGUUUUUAGUGUUAAUACUCCAACUCCAACCAGAUCGUCCUCUGACUCACCUGGAUCUCAAUUUCCUUCUGUUUUUUCUUACUUUUUCCCCAAUAAUUACACUUCUGAAGAAAUUUACAGAGUCUCAUCUCCACCGCCACCUCCACCUACUUCUCCACCUUCACCUCCUUACAUAGAAACCAAUAGUACUAGAUCUAACAACGCCACUCUCUCAUCUCCUGCAGUGAAUAUAGGAACACCCAAUUCAGAGAACCGUACAAAAACCAGUUCUAGCCCUCAAAAUCCGGAAAUUUCCACGAAAAACCAGACCUCGGUUGGUCCAAGUGGUCCAACCAGCAAUGCAAGCUCACCUUCUUAUUCCGGCCAUAAAAACCAAACCCAGGUUCCAGAAAACGCCGCUGAGAAAAACCCUUCUCGGCCGACGGUUGCUUCCCCGGGAAAUCCGCCGGCGGCGAAGAAUCAAAGCGUUAGUGAACCGAAGCCGGAGAAGAAUUCAGGGAAAGAUGAGAAGAAAAGUAGUGGCCCUAGUAGUAGCAGUGGGGAAGUGUCUAAAAAAGGCGGCGUUUUGAAUAAUACGGCGCCGUCGAAGUCGUCCAGUGAGCAGGCAAAGAAAAUUGACAUUGUUGAGUCACUGAAAGGUUGUGAUUUUUUUGAUGGCGAGUGGGUUAAGGAUGAUAACCGUAAACCUUAUUACAAACCAGAGUCAUGUUCUGUGAUCGAUGAGCAAUUUAACUGUGUUGUCAAUGGCAGACCUGAUAACGAUUAUCAAAAGUUUAAAUGGAAACCCAAGGGCUGUAAUCUUCCAAGAUUGGAGGGAAAGAAUUUGUUGGAGAUGUUACGUGGAAGAAGAUUAGUAUUCGUAGGUGAUUCCCUCAAUAGAAAUAUGUGGGAAUCGCUUAUUUGCAUUCUUAAGAGCUCUGCAAAGAACCCAAAAAAUGUCUUUGAAGCUCAUGGACGACACCGUUUUCGUGGUGAAGCAGAGUAUUCCUUUGUAUUCAAAGAUUAUGAUUCUACUGUGGAGUUCUUUGUGGCCCCUUUUUUGGUCCAAGAAUGGGAGAUGAAAGACAAGAAUGGCACCAAGAGAGAAACGCUUCGUUUGGAUUUGGUAGGAAAAUCUUUCGAGCAUUUUAAAACUGCUGAUAUUAUUGUCUUCAACACUGGACAUUGGUGGACUCAUGAUAAGACCUCCAAAGGGGAAGAUUAUUACCAAGAAGGUAGUCAUGUUUAUAAGGAAUUGAAUGUUCUUGAGGCUUUUCGAAAAGCUAUUACCACUUGGGGUAGAUGGAUUGAUAGUAAUGUUAAUCCAAAGAAGUCUUUAGUGUUCUUUAGAGGAUACUCUCACUCUCAUUUCAGCGGCGGUCAAUGGAAUUCUGGUGGAGCUUGUGACAGCGAGACUGUGCCCAUAAGUGACGAGAAGUAUCUGAGGCCAUAUCCAGACAAGAUGACUGUUCUUGAAAAUGUUUUUAAAGGAAUGAAAACUCAAGUCACAUAUCUUAAUGUCACAAGAUUGACAGAUUUCAGAAAGGAUGGUCACCCAUCAAUUUACCGGAAGCAGAAGCUGACAGCGCAGGAACGAAAAACGCCCCUGCUGUACCAGGACUGCAGCCAUUGGUGCCUCCCGGGCGUCCCAGAUGCCUGGAAUGAGCUUCUCUAUGCUGAGCUCCUAGUGAAACUUAGCCAGUUGCAGCAGCAGCAUAAGAGAACAUAGGUAAAAAAUAAAUAAAGAAGAAAUACUAAAGCAAUUAAAAGAAGCUGCAAAUAUAUUUAUUUAAUUCUUGGAGUAUAAGUUUAUACACACAAGGUAUAGAUAUUAUCUUAUUCAUUUGUUGCAUUAUAGAGAACAAACAACUAAGUGAAGGUAAAGAGAAAAUGAGGAGACUAUUUGUUUAUAUUGAUCGGAGAGCUGAGGAUUUGAGGGUACAUAGGAAGAGAUUUCAUAUAGUGAUUUUCAAAUUUCAAGUUGGAAGGUUACUUCUACUCUUUUUAUAAACAUUCUUUUUGCCUUAAAGGCUUCGAGAAUUGUACAUUCUUCAAUUAUUUUAGUUUUGCUUAGUUUAUAAUAAGGGGAUCAGUGAGUUGUAAUUAGUGAGUUGCAAUGCAAUCAGUUUACUUUUCA